AUGUCAUUGCACUUCACUUGUAGGCUCUGCUUCCAGAAGGCUUUUCCCACUUGGGCUGUUCGGCAGAUCCAUUUGGCUGAUUUUCUGGAUCCCGUCGGCAUUGCCAGCACGACGCAACACCAUGUCGUACUCGGAAACCAGCCACCAUUUGAUACGACUCGAUUUUCCAUUUCUCCGCAAAACUUGGUUGAAGUAAUUUGUGAAUUCGUCGCGUUGGAUACCGAAGGGUGGUGUGCAGAGAAGUCUUCGGCUCACCGUCCAGCGAAACCGAUCAAACGUCACUAA